AUGCUGUUUCUUCUUGCUCUGGUGCAAGUAGCAAGCGCGAGUCUCGCCACUGUGCAUCGUGGAUUCGGGCAAAAGGGAUAUUUAAGUACUCUUGGAGUUGACGGGCAAUAUUUAAGCGCAGAAGCCGACAGCUCGACAACCAUUUUUCAUUCCUACAACUUGUCUGUUCCUGUAGACCACUUCCACAAUGAAUCGAGAUACGAACCUCAUAGCAGUGACACCUUUCCCCUUCGCUACUGGUUUGAUGCUAGCCAUUACAAAGAAGGAGGGCCCGUGUUUCUGCUAGAAAGCGGAGAGACCUCCGGCGAAGAUCGAUUGCCCUACCUAGAAAAAGGACUAAUCGCCCAGCUGGCACAAUUGACAAAUGGUAUUGCUGUCGUUCUUGAGCAUCGUUACUACGGCGCAAGUAUUCCUACAGAGGACUUUUCGACAGAGAGCCUGCGCUUCUUGACAACAGAACAAGCCCUCGCCGACGUGGCAUAUUUUGCGCGAAAUAUCGUAUAUCCUGGCCUCGAAGAUAAAAGUCUUACCUCAGAAUAUGUCCCUUAUAUUGCUUAUGGAGGUUCAUAUGCCGGUGCAAUGGUUGCUUUUCUGCGCCUGAUAUAUCCAGAAGUCUUCUUUGGCGCUCUUGCAUCUUCAGCAGUCACAGAGGCUAUCGUGGACUAUUGGCAGUACUGGGAGCCCAUACGGCGAAAUGCACCUCAAGAUUGUGUUCGCACCGUUGAAAACCUGACCGGUGUUCUCGACAAUCUUGCGUCCAAUACCACUGCGAUCAAAGAUCUGGAAACACUAUUCGGUCUUGAAGAUCUCAGCUACGUUGACGACUUUGCAAACGUUCUAAGCUAUCCGUUGUCAACUUGGCAGGGAAGAAAUUGGGAUCCCGCUGUUAACGAUCCAACUUUCUUUGAAUAUUGCGGCAAUAUAUCUGUUACAGACGCUCUGCUCUACAACGACACUACCUCAAGCGAUAAGAUCGAAAAAGCAACCGAGCUCGUCGCUGCCGCAGGGUGGGAUGCUAGUCAAGGGGGUAGCCAACUGACGACUCAACUACUGAACUUUGUGGGCUGGCUGAACCAGACUGUAGUCUGGCCCUGUAUCGGCCAAGGCCAAAGUGCAGAUUCAUGCUUCUCAUCCCACAACGUAACCUUCUACAAACAGGAUGACCUAACCCAAGAUUGGAGACUUUGGGAAUACCAAGUCUGCACCGAAUGGGGCUACUUCCAAACCGGCAGCGGCACACCCCCUUCCAAACCAGCAAUGAUAUCCCGCUCCAUCACAGUCGACUACCUGAGUCUUCCUUGCAAAUACGCCUUCAACAUCAGCACUCUUCCCGACGUGGAUGCACGCAUAAACCAGCGAUAUGGCGGCUUCAACCUCUCAUAUUCAAGGCUUGCAUAUAUAGGCGGGAAAGCGGAUCCAUGGAGAGAAGCGACGCCCUUCGCGGAUGAUGCGCCUGGCCCGAGGAGACGGAAUACAUUAAAUCGACCAUUUGUGGAGAUUGAGGGCGGUGUCCAUCAUUGGGAUGAGAACGGCCUAUUCCCGAACGAGACGACAUCUUCUCUGCCCCCGAAACCAGUAGCGGAUACGCAAAAGUAUGAGCAUGAAUUUGUGCAGACGUGGCUUUCGAAAAUGGGUGCAAUCAGCCAGUGA